AUGGACACUGAUCUCAGUUCCCAGGACAGGAAGGACCUGGACAAGUUCAUCAAAUUUUUUGCUUUAAAGACGGUACAAGUAAUUGUCCAGGCCAGACUUGGAGAGAAGAUCUGUACCCGAUCAUCAUCCUCCCCAACAGGCUCUGACUGGUUCAAUUUGGCAAUCAAAGAUAUUCCAGAGGUUACUCAUGAAGCAAAGAAAGCCCUGGCAGGACAGCUCCCUGCCGUUGGACGGUCUAUGUGCGUGGAGAUUUCUCUCAAAACCUCAGAGGGGGACUCCAUGGAGCUGGAAAUUUGGUGUCUAGAAAUGAAUGAAAAGUGUGACAAGGAAAUCAAAGUUUCAUACACUGUCUACAACAGGCUGUCUCUACUGCUGAAGUCUUUGCUUGCUAUAACCAGGGUAACUCCAGCCUACAGACUCUCAAGGAAACAAGGCCAUGAAUAUGUAAUAUUGUACAGGAUAUAUUUUGGUGAAGUGCAACUGAGUGGCUUGGGAGAAGGUUUCCAGACAGUCCGUGUUGGGACAGUGGGUACCCCAGUGGGCACCAUUACUUUGUCUUGUGCCUAUAGAAUCAACCUUGCUUUCAUGUCAACCAGGCAGUUUGAGAGGACCCCUCCUAUCAUGGGGAUUAUCAUUGAUCACUUUGUGGACCGUCCCUAUCCCAGCUCUUCGCCCAUGCAUCCCUGCAAUUACAGAACAGCUGGUGAGGACAAUGGUGCAGUAUACCCCUCAGUAGAAGAUUCCCAAGAAGUGUGUACCACAUCUUUUUCCACCUCUCCUCCAUCUCAGUGUGUUUUUACUGUCACAAAGGCACAUUUUCCGACCCCUCCUCCUGUGGUGACGGACACCUUGAAGGUCCCAGUGAUGGGACUGGCCUUUUCACAUCAACUUUCCAGCUCUCGUCUUUCCUAUCAGCCCGCUGCCCUGGGAGUUGGAUCAGCUGACAUGGGGUAUCCUGUACUCUUUGCUGGUGGCUUGAAUGCUGCACACCCUCACCAGUUGAUUGGUCCAGGCAAAGAGGGGGGAGUUCCCCCAGUUCCUAGCCAGCCAGCACAUGGCACUCAAGCUGACCAAGAGAGGAUGUGCACCCCACUGGAUGGAGUCCACUACUCAGCAGCUACUCCUUCUAGUAGUGAGGACACAGAAACAGUAUCAAACAGCAGCGAAGGGAAGUCUGGCUCCCCACAUGACCUUUUGGAGACCAUCUUUAUACGGAAGGUGGGAGCUUUUGUCAACAAACCCAUUAACCAGGUGACCAUGGCCAACUUAGACAUUCCUUUUGCCAUGUUUGCUCCCAAGAAUGUUGAGCUGGAAGAUAACGACCCCAUGGUCAAUCCUCCUGACUCCCCAGAAACAGAAUCUCCUCUACAAGGCAGCUUACACUCAGAGGGCUCCAGUGGCAGCAGCACAGGGAACACCCAUGAUGACUUCGUUAUGAUUGAUUUUAAACCAGCAUUUUCAAAAGAUGAUAUUCUUCCAAUGGACCUGGGGACGUUUUACCGUGAGUUUCAGAACCCCCCUCAACUCAGCAGCCUCUCUAUUGACAUUGGAGCACAGUCCAUGGCAGAGGAUUUGGACUCGUUACCAGAGAAGCUGGCAGUCCAUGAGAAAAAUGUCAAAGAGUUUGAUGCCUUUGUAGAAACCUUGCAGUGAAGUUGUUUUCCAGUUCUGCUGCAGCAGUUCUUCUUCCUCAAGGCAUCCUGGGGAAUGACAUCAAAAAAUAUCUCUAUUGCCCCUGCUUUGCCUUUUGUCUCACUUUGACCAUUUCCUUCCAUCAAGUGAGCUUUCUUUGAUUGCCCGCUUCAACAGCAGGUAGCAGCUCAUCUGCUGAUUUUCCUCAAGUACACCACCACAUAGCUCUGGAUCGCUUUUCCUGCUCACAGUCAGUUUUGAAUCUAAGACUUCAGUAGGGACACAGGAAGUCAAACUCCAAUUAUUUUCUCCUCAGUCUCUGUUCUGUGUGGAGGGGCUUUGUGAAAAGUUGUCAUAUGCUUCCUCCAGAGGUCCUGUGGUGUAAGUUCCCUAGGCAUACCUUCUUGCUAACAGACUUUUUUCCUACAGUCUCCAACCCUGUUAGAGCAUAGAAAGCUUUGGCUCAUU